CCCCCCCCCGCGCUGUACCCAGGAGGCCGCGCGGCGCCGAGGUCAAGAUGGCGGCGAGGGCGCCUGUUGCAGGAGGUGGUCGCCUGUUUGACAGGAUUUGCAAGUGGUAUUAUAAUGCAGCUGGAUUCAACAAAUAUGGGUUAAUGCGGGAUGAUACAUUGCAUGAAGACGAUGAUGUGAAAGAAGCACUGAAGAGACUUCCAGAGCACCUGUACAACGAGAGAGUAUUCCGCAUAAAGCGAGCUCUGGACUUAAGCUUGAAACAUCAGAUCCUUCCCAAAGACCAGUGGGUGAAGUAUGAAGAGGAUCACCGUUAUCUUGAACCAUACCUAAAAGAAGUAAUCCGUGAAAGACAAGAAAGGGAAGCAUGGAACAAGAAGUAACUAUUGAACUACUUCAUGCAAAUAUCCAGAUAUUUCUGUUAUUUUAAACAUUUGGUUGUAGAAGUCCAUAGGGAGGCAGUUGUGGGGCUGAGGAAUACUGUUUCAGCUUGUUCAUUGAGUCUGAUCAUCCAACUAAAAUAAACAUGUCAAACUAUAAAAAUCUUGGAAGAGUUCUUUCUAAAUGUUAACAAGCUAAUGUUCAGAUCUUUCCUGUGAGCAUAUACAUUACACAUUAGCUUAGUGGUAUGCAGUCUUCAUUCCAGCUUUUGAUUCUUGCUCUUUUCAUCAUACAGCUGUUUUCUGCAGUAGUAGAAUUAGGUAAGAAAUGUUCAAGUCUGUUGGUGCUAGUUGCUCUCUUAAGUUAAAGAUUUGAUAUUCAUUCAUCAGUUGUCACUGUGGACAGCAAUACUGAACCAGUAUUGAUGUUACAAUGGUAUUGUGAGACAGCAGAAUGUAAUAUCCUGUGUACCCCAGCAGAUACAUAUUGUAAAAAUGGAAAAUAUAGAUGAUUCCUUCAUCAUAAAAUAGGAAAUGUUUCACUAACGUUUUAUACCAUAUACAUUGUUAAGCCUUAAAAACUAUUUUCAUGUAAACCAUAAUGACUAUCUCA